AUGUUACCUUGGGAAGUUGCUGUCUGCCUGUUGCUUGUAAUUGCACCUCUAUUUCUGCUCUUCUGGGCUGGUUGGAAGGGUCCCAAUCCCCCGCGGGAGGAGAGAGACGAUGGAGUUCCGAAAUUCAUCUGCAAACCUUCAGCCCUGGCUGUCCACCUGCUGAAAAACUGCAAGAGUUUCUUACAGGACGUGAACUGUCGGCUGUUGUGGAGGGAGUGGCCGCACAUGCAGACACUCCACAGCAAUUUGUGGCCGCGGGUCAGGGGUCUGUAUUUUCUGCGGGAGUACCUGCAAAUGUCGGACGAUGGGCUCGUCGCCCUCGACUGGGCGGUGCGCUCGUCCGGGAGCCCCAGGCGAGUGUCCAGCAACUCAUCGGCCCCGAUCUUGCUGCUAAUCCCAAACUUCGUGGGGAGAGUGACCAGGAACUGUUCCCUGCUCUGCCUGCUGGCCUCACGCCACGGCUACCGGCCGGUGAUCUUCAAUCGGCGCUGCCAUAAUCGGGUGCCGCUCACCACUUGCAAACUCCAGCCUUUCGGAGAACCGGCCGACCUGCGGGAAGCCGUCAGCUACAUCCGAUACAAGCACCCGGGGGCCAAGCUGUACGCAGCGAGCGAAGGCUCCGGGUCAGCGCUGCUACUCUCCUACCUGGGCGAGUGCGGGUCUUCCAGUUACAUCACGGCGGCCGCUUGCAUCUCUCCCAUCUUCAGGUGCCAGGCUUGGCUGGACUCGGAGCCUUUCGCUCUCUACCACUGGCUCAUGUUAUUGUAUCGGAAGACUACUUUGAGCAGGUAUACCACAGUUCUUGGAGAAAUAAUAGAUAUGGAUAAGCUAUUCAGAAGCUGCACUCUAAGGGAACUGGAGGAAGUACUGUUUUGUCGGCCAAAUAAUUUGAGUUGGGCAUCCUACUGGGAAAAGAAUGAUCCACUGAGGGAUGUGGAUGAGGUUGCAGUUCCUCUCUUAUGCAUUUGCAGCGAUGAUGAUCCAUGCAGAGGCAAUCCAGAGAUCUCAGUGACUUUUGAGUUAUUUGAGACAAACCCCUAUUUCUUCCUUUUGUUAACCAAACACGGAGGACAUUGUGGCUUUUUGACGAGCAGAUCCUCCAGUUGGAGCCACGAAGCUUUACUUGAAUACUUCAGUUAAUCCAAAUCAUACAGUAAACAGCAGGUUUUGGACUACUGAGAGAAAUGCAGUGGAAUUGGCAUAUUUCCAAAAGGCAAUAAAUAAAGUG